AUGAAAAAAAAAAAAGGAAACGCGGACAUCUGCUCUUUGUGGUGUCCCCGUGGGAGCACGAAGCGGGGGAACGAGGACGAGGGGAUAGGGGGCCACCAUCAGCACACCCGCCUCGACGAUGACCACGAGGAGCACUACGACGCUGCCAUCCUCUUCACCCGCGAGGAUUUAUGUGGGCAUCAUUCAUGUGAUACUCUGGGAAUGGCAGACGUUGGGACCAUAUGCUCUCCCGAGCGCAGCUGUGCAGUGAUUGAAGAUGAUGGCCUCCAUGCAGCUUUUACAGUGGCUCACGAAAUUGGGCACUUGCUUGGGCUUUCCCAUGACGACUCCAAAUUUUGUGAGGAGAGCUUUGGCUCCAUGGAAGAUAAGCGGUUGAUGUCCUCCAUUCUGACUAGCAUUGAUGCUUCAAAACCCUGGUCCAAAUGUACUUCAGCAACUAUAACAGAAUUUUUCGAUGAUGGUCAUGGUAACUGUCUGCUGGACCAACCAAGAAAGCAGAUCCUGGGCCCUGAGGAGCUCCCGGGACAAACCUAUGAUGCCAUUCGUCAGUGCAAACUGGCGUUUGGACCUGAGUACACAGUGUGUCCUGGUAUGGAUGUGUGCUCCCGCCUCUGGUGUGCAGUUGUUCGCCAAGGUCAGAUGGUGUGUCUGACUAAGAAGCUUCCUGCUGUGGAGGGAACGCCAUGUGGAAAAGGGAGGAUCUGCCUCCAGGGAAAAUGUGUUGACAAAACCAAGAAGAAAUACUACUCAGCUUCAAGCCACGGGAACUGGGGGUCCUGGGGUCCUUGGGGCCAGUGCUCCCGUACCUGCGGCGGAGGAGUUCAGUUCGCAUAUCGUCACUGCAACAACCCGGCUCCCAGGAACAACGGCCGGUACUGCACCGGCAAACGGGCCAUCUACCGCUCCUGCAACGUCGCGCCCUGCCCAGCCAACGCUAAAUCUUUUCGACAAGAGCAGUGUGAAGCAAGGAACGGCUAUCAGUCUGACUCAAAGGGUGUCAAGACAUUUGUUGAAUGGGUCCCCAAGUAUGCUGGAGUACUUCCCGGAGAUGUUUGCAAGCUCACCUGCCGAGCCAAGGGAACUGGCUAUUACGUGGUAUUUUCUCAAAAGGUAACUGAUGGUACCGAAUGUCGACCGUACAGUAAUUCAGUCUGUGUCCGGGGAAAAUGCGUCCGAACUGGCUGCGAUGGCAUCAUCGGUUCAAAGCUCCAGUAUGACAAAUGUGGGGUGUGUGGAGGAGACAAUUCCAGCUGCACAAAAGUCAUGGGAACCUUUACCAAAAAGAGCAAGGGCUACACAGAUGUAGUGAAAAUCCCAGAAGGGGCAACCCACAUCAAAGUUCGGCAGUUCAAGACUAAGGACCAGAGCAGGUUCACUGCCUACCUGGCCCUGAAAAAGAAAAACGGUGAGUACCUUGUAAAUGGCAAAUAUAUGAUCUCCACUUCAGAAACAAUUAUUGACAUCAAUGGGACUGUCAUGAACUACAGUGGCUGGAGUCACAAAGGUGAUUUCUUGCACGCAAUGGGACACUCUGCCACAAAAGAAGUUCUUAUUGUGCAGAUACUUGCAACUGAUCCCACUCAACCAGUGGACGUCCGCUACAGUUUCUUCGUGCCAAAGAAGCAAGGGCAAAUGACUAACUCUGUCACUGGCAGUGGCAGCAGCAGCAGCAGCAAAGUAACUCCCCAGCUGAUGCAACCCCGCUGGGUUACGGGGCCAUGGCUUUCUUGUUCUCGAACAUGUGACACAGGAUGGCACACCAGGACUGUACAGUGCAAAGACGGGCAUGGGAAAUUAGCUAAGGGCUGUCUUCUCUCUCAGAGACCGUCAGCAUUUAAACAGUGCUUGUUGAAAAAGUGUUAA